UCUUCUUCUGGGGCCCUUUGCUUCCCAGAAGAUGGACAAAUCCCAAAGAAAGGAUUUCUAUGAAGAAAUGUCUGCGACACCUCUGCACCUUCCUCUGCCCAGUCUCUCUGGGGCUGAUGUCACUGGAAGCAGUAUCAGAAGUAUUGUGCAGCAGUAAAUGCAGGCUGUGCCAUUCCCCUUCUUUCUUUGGGAAGUACACUUUAAGAUUACGGAGACCCUCCUUGCUCUCCUGCUGUCUGCUCUAAACUGAACAUACACCCUUGAGAACCACAGGUUUUCAGAAGAGUGGCCAAAUGAGUGAUCUCGUGGAAGAAAACGGCAAGAAAAGCUAUUCUUCCCAGGAAACAUCUGCAGAAAAAAAUGUGUCUCCUGCUGAGGACUGCUCAAUAAGACACAAAAAUGUGCAAAAACUCGAGAAACAAUUAAAAUGCUUAGCCUUUCAAAAUCCAGGACCUCAGGUAGCUGACUUCAAUCCUGAAACUAGACAGCAGAAAAAGAAAGCAUGCAUGUCACAGAUGAAACAAAAUUUUUUUUAUGAGUCCAAAUUUACAAAGAAGUAUGACAAACAUGGCAGGCUGCUUUGUAAUGACAUAGAUUUAUGUGACUGCCUGGAAGUGGACUGCCUGGGUUGCUUCUAUCCUUGCCCCAAAUGCAACUCGAACAAAUGUGGGCCAGAAUGCCGCUGCAAUAGGAAAUGGGUUUAUGAUACGAUUGAGACUGAAGCUGGGGAUGUGAUCAGCGAGCUGCCAUUUUUUGUCCCUGACUGAUUAUGUUCUGUUAGGUCUUGUGCCUGAAUAUUUUUCUUUUUAAUUCAUGUUUUAUUAAAGUAAAUCACCACCUGGCA